AUGUCCGAGUCCAAGGGUCGCGUCUGUCUCGCCUAUUCCGGAGGUCUUGAUACCUCCACCAUCCUUUGCUGGUUGAUUGAGCAGGGCUACACCGUCGUCUGCUUCCUCGCCAAUGUCGGCCAGGAGGAGAACUGGGAUGAGGUCCGCGCCAAGGCCAAGAAGCUCGGUGCUGAGGAGAUGGUGAUCCUCGACCUCCAGCAGGAGUUCGUUGACCAAAUCGUCUUCCGUGCCAUCCAGUGCAAUGCCAUCUAUGAGGACCGUUACCUCCUUGGUACCUCCCUUGCCCGCCCCAUCAUUGCCCGUGCCCAGGUCCGCGUUGCCGAGGAGUAUAACUGCGAGUUUGUCUCCCACGGCUGCACUGGCAAGGGCAACGACCAGGUCCGCUUCGAGCUUGCCUUCAAGGCCUGCAACCCCGAGAUCAAGGUCAUUGCUCCCUGGAGACUUCCCGAGUUCUGCGCCCGCUUCCAGGGCCGUCAGGAUCUCCUCAAGUACGCCGCCGACAAGAACAUUCCCGUCUCCUCGACCCCCAAGGCCCCCUGGUCCAUGGAUGACAACCUCGUCCACUGCUCCUACGAGGCCGGUAUCCUUGAGGACCCCGACCACACUCCCCCCAAGGAGCUCUGGACCCGCACCGUUGACCCCCAGGACGCCCCCAACACUCCCCAGGAGUUCACCAUCCACUUCGAGAAGGGUAUCCCCGUCAAGGUCAUCGUUGAUGGCAAGGAGACCACUGGCUCCGUUGAGCUCUUCAAGCUCCUCAACAAGAUCGGCCACGACCACGGUGUCGGCCGUGUCGAUAUCGUUGAGAACCGUUUCAUCGGUCUCAAGUCCCGUGGCUGCUACGAUACCCCCGGUCUCACCAUUGCUCGCCUUGCUCAUCUUGAUCUUGAGGGUCUUGUUAUGGACUCCAAGGUCCGUGAGCUCCGUGAUCAGUUCGUCACCAUCUCUUGGGCUCGCCAGCUGUACAACGGCAUGUACUUCAGCCCUGAGCGCGAGUUCGUCGAGAACUCCAUCAUCUUCUCCCAGCAGAACGUUACUGGUGAGGUCCGCAUGAUGGCCUACAAGGGCGCUGCCUAUGUCCUCGGCCGCAAGUCCGAUGCCUCCAACCUCUACUCCGAGGCUGAUGCCUCCAUGGACUCCCUCGAGGGCUUCUCCCCCAUGGACACCACCGGUUUCAUCGAGAUUAACGCCAUCCGCCUCAAGAAGUACGGUCUCCAGAAGAUAAAGGAUGGCAAGCCCCUCACCCAGUCUUGA